GCGACCCGGGCCGGGCCUGGUGAGGUGGCCGUGCCGCCGCUGAGGAGGGCUCCUGCUCGCAGUUCCCCGCGGCGCAGGUGAGGCCGGCCGCGCCAUGGUGGACCCGGUGGGCUUCGCCGAGGCGUGGAAGGCGCAGUUCCCGGACACGGAGCCGCCGCGCAUGGAGCUGCGCUCGGUGGGCGACAUCGAGCAGGAGCUGGAGCGCUGCAAGGCCUCCAUCCGGCGCCUGGAACAGGAGGUGAACCAGGAGCGCUUCCGUAUGAUCUACCUGCAGACGCUGCUGGCCAAGGAGAAGAAGAGCUACGACCGCCAGCGCUGGGGCUUCCGGCGCGCCGCGCAGCCCCCCGACGGCGCCGCCGAGCCCCGCGCGCCCGCGUCGCGCCCGCCGCCCGCCGCCGAGGGCGCCGACCCGCCGCCCGCCGCCGCCGCCGCCGCCACGGCCGGCGAGGAGCCCGAGGCCCGGCCCGACGGCGAGGGCUCCCCGGGCGGCAAAGCCAAGCCCGCGGCCGCCGCGCGCAGGCCCGGACCCGCGGAGCGCGACGACCGCGGGCCCCCGACCAGCGUGGCGGCGCUCAGGUCCAACUUCGAGCGGAUCCGCAGGGGCCCCGGCGCGGCGGCGGCGGCAUCGUCGGACGCGGACAAGCCCUUCUACGUGAACGUCGAGUUUCACCACGAGCGUGGCUUGGUGAAGGUCAACGACAAGGAGGUGUCGGACCGCAUUAGCUCGCUGGGCAGCCAGGCCAUGCAGAUGGAGCGCAAGAAGUCCCAGCAGGGGCAGGGGCAGGGCGCGGGCGACGCGUCCAGGCCCUCUUACCGGGGGCGCUCUUCGGAGAGCGGCGGCCUUGGGGGCCUCGACGGCGACUACGAGGACGCAGAGCUAAACCCCCGUUUCCUUAAGGACAACGUGAUCCAUGCCAAUGGCGGGAGCAGGCCCCCGUGGCCGCCCCUGGAGUACCAGCCCUACCAGAGCAUCUAUGUCGGGGGCAUGAUGGUGGAAGGCGAGGGCAAGGGCCCCCCGGGCCCGCUCCUGCGCAGCCAGAGCACCUCGGAGCAGGAGAAGCGCCUCACCUGGCCGCGCAGGUCCUACUCGCCCCGGAGCUUUGAGGACAGCGGAGGCGGCUACACGCCGGACUGCAGCUCCAACGAAAACCUCACGUCCAGCGAGGAGGACUUCUCCUCCGGCCAGUCCAGCCGCGUGUCCCCGAGCCCCACCGCCUACCGCACGUUCCGGGACAAGAGUCGCUCCCCGUCUCAGAACUCGCAGCAGUCCUUGGACAGCAGCAGCCCGCCCACGCCGCAGUGCCAGAAGCGGCACCGGCAGUGCCCAGUCGUGGUGUCGGAGGCCACCAUCGUGGGCGUCCGAAAGACGGGCCAGAUCUGGCCCAGCGAUGGGGACAGCGCCUUCCAGGGGGACCCAGACACCUCAUUUGGAACGCCCCCUGGCUAUGGCUGUGCUGCGGACCGGGCAGAGGAGCAGCAGCGCCGGCAGCAGGAUGGACUGCCCUACAUCGACGACUCGCCCUCCUCCUCCCCCCACCUCAGCAGCAAGGGCAGGGGCAGCCGGGACGCUCUGGCCUCGGGAGCCCUGGAGUCUACCAAAGUGAGUGAACUGGACUUGGAAAAGGGCCUGGAGAUGAGAAAAUGGGUCCUGUCUGGAAUCCUGGCCAGUGAGGAGACGUACCUGAACCACCUGGAGGCACUGCUGCUGCCCAUGAAGCCGCUGAAGGCCGCCGCCACCACCUCCCAGCCGGUGCUGACGAGUCAGCAGAUCGAGACCAUCUUCUUCAAAGUGCCUGAGCUCUACGAGAUCCACAAGGACUUCUACGACGGGCUCUUCCCCCGCGUGCAGCGCUGGAGCCACCAGCAGCGGGUGGGCGACCUCUUUCAGAAGCUGGCCAGCCAGUUGGGUGUGUACCGGGCCUUUGUGGACAACUACGGGGUUGCCAUGGAGACGGCCGAGAAGUGCUGUCAGGCCAACGCCCAGUUCGCAGAAAUCUCUGAGAACCUGAGAGCCAGAAGCAACAAGGAGGCCAAGGACCCGACCACCAAGAACUCGUUGGAAACGCUGCUGUACAAGCCUGUGGACCGGGUGACAAGAAGCACACUGGUCCUUCACGACCUGCUGAAGCACACUCCCCCCAGCCACCCCGACCACCCCCUGCUGCAGGACGCCCUCCGCAUCUCGCAGAACUUCCUGUCCAGCAUCAACGAGGAGAUCACACCCCGCAGGCAGUCCAUGACGGUGAAGAAGGGAGAGCACCGGCAGCUGCUUAAGGACAGCUUCAUGGUGGAGCUGGUGGAGGGGGCCCGCAAGCUACGUCACGUCUUCCUGUUCACCGACCUGCUCCUGUGCACCAAGCUCAAGAAGCAGAGCGGGGGCAAAACCCAGCAGUACGACUGCAAAUGGUACAUUCCGCUCACGGACCUCAGCUUCCAGAUGGUGGACGAGUCGGAGGCCACACCCAACCUCCCCCUGGUGCCCGACGAGGAGCUGGACACCCUGAAGGUCAAGAUCUCCCAGCUCAAGAGCGACAUCCAGAGAGAGAAGAGGGCCAACAAGGGCAGCAAGGCCAUGGAGAGGCUGAAGAAGAAGCUGUCGGAGCAGGAGUCGCUGCUGCUGCUCAUGUCUCCCAGCAUGGCCUUCCGCGUGCACAACCGCAACGGCAAGAGUUACACAUUCCUGAUUUCCUCCGACUACGAGCGCGCCGAGUGGCGAGAGAACAUCCGGGAGCAGCAGAAGAAGUGCUUCAAAAGCUUCUCUCUGACGUCCGUGGAGCUGCAGAUGCUCACCAACUCCUGCGUCAAGCUGCAGACUGUCCACAACAUUCCACUGACCAUCAACAAAGAAGAUGAUGAGUCUCCGGGCCUGUACGGCUUCCUGAAUGUCAUCGUCCACUCAGCCACUGGAUUCAAACAGAGUUCCAAUCUCUACUGCACCUUGGAGGUGGAUUCCUUUGGGUAUUUUGUGAAUAAAGCAAAGACGCGCGUCUACAGGGACACCACGGAGCCCAACUGGAACGAGGAGUUUGAGAUAGAGCUGGAAGGCUCCCAGACCCUGAGGAUACUCUGCUACGAGAAGUGCUACAACAAAACCAAGAUGGCCAAGGAGGACGGCGAGACCACCGACCGGCUCAUGGGGAAAGGCCAGGUGCAGCUGGACCCCCAGGCCAUGCAGGACAGAGACUGGCAACGGACCGUCAUCGCCAUGAACGGGAUUGAAGUGAAACUGUCGGUCAAGUUCACCAGCAGGGAGUUCAGCUUGAAGAGGAUGCCUUCCCGGAAACAGACGGGGGUCUUCGGGGUCAAGAUAGCCGUGGUCACCAAGAGGGAGAGGUCCAAGGUGCCCUACAUCGUGCGCCAGUGCGUGGAGGAGAUCGAACGGCGGGGCAUGGAGGAGGUGGGCAUCUACCGCGUGUCCGGAGUGGCCACGGACAUCCAGGCGCUGAAGGCGGCCUUCGACGUCAAUAACAAGGACGUGUCGGUGAUGAUGAGCCAGAUGGACGUGAACGCCAUCGCUGGCACGCUGAAGCUCUACUUCCGGGAGCUGCCCGAGCCCCUCUUCACUGACGAGUUCUACCCCAACUUCGCCGAGGGCAUUGCUCUUUCAGACCCCGUCGCAAAGGAAAGUUGCAUGCUGAACCUGCUGCUGUCCCUCCCAGAGGCCAACCUGCUCACCUUCCUCUUCCUCCUGGACCACCUGAAAAGGGUGGCAGAAAAGGAGACGGUGAACAAGAUGUCCCUGCACAACCUCGCCACUGUCUUCGGCCCCACGCUGCUGCGGCCCUCAGAGAAGGAGAGCAAGCUCCCCGCCAACCCCGGGCAGCCCGUGACCAUGACCGACAGCUGGUCCCUGGAGGUCAUGUCCCAGGUCCAGGUGCUGCUGUACUUCCUGCAGCUCGAGGCCAUCCCUGCCCCAGACAGCAAGAGACAGAGUAUCCUGUUCUCCACCGAAGUCUAAAGACCCAGCCAUCGUCUCCAGCAGGCCAGCAGGACGGCCUGGACACCCGUGGCGGAAUAGGCCACCCGCGGAGCAGGAACUGUAAUUGGGCCACCUACCAAGAGACAACAAGCACCCAAAGCAGAGGGCCAGAUGGCCUAGGCGGACCCCCCCCCAGGGAGCACCUGGUGGGCCUGCAAGCCUUGGGCUGGCCUCAGACUGUGCUUUUCCCAAGCUGCCACUAGAGGGCGCUCCAAGCCCGCACUGCUCCACUGGGAGCGAAGGGAGUGGUUUUUAUCAAUUUAACUUAUCAGAUUCCCUACUGGAUCACCUGUCAAGAUGCACCCUGUCCGGGGAGAAGCUUCCCUCCCUGUUGUGUCUUGAAUAAACGCUGCUGAUGCUGCACCCCUGGGGGCCGCGGCCCUCUCCCUGUGGCGGGGGAGAGGGAGGGGGCGGGUCAGGUGCCCUGACCCAGGACACACACCCCCCACCCCAUCCCCACCCGCCACCUGUAACAGGUCCAUACUGUGCAGCGCUCCAACUCCACACUCACCGCCUGCUUCUCUCUUUUCUUUCUAGAAGGAUCUCUGCAGAAACUGGUCCACUUCCUGCUGUUUCACAUUGCUUUGUUUUUUGCUGGCUUUUUGCCCCGGGAUGGAUCCAGAUGCUGCCGGUGGGGGACCAGACCUCCCCUCCCCGGGGAGGGAGUGUCACUUGGGGACAGUCGGUGUGUCCACCAGCCCUGUCUUCCCGCCUAGCGCUCACUCUCUUCCUUUUUGGCUUUAAAAAAAAAAACACUUCAGCUUCUCCAGCUCUGCUGUGCCCAAGGCCCCAGCCCCUCCUCCCCCUGCACACCUGCCUUCUCUCCUGGCCUUCAGCGGAGCACAGUUAACUCUUGUACAGGGCUGGUUUUAAAACUUUGAUCCGAAAUAGCCUUUUGAUACUUGAAUAUUUUUAAGUUUUAUACAUAGUUUCUAAGGUUUUUUUUUUUUCUCCUAACAAGAUUCAGAUACCUUAAUAAGAUAUUAGAAUGUACGCCGCGUGGACUGUCCCGUGUCCUAGCAGUGUUCCGUCUUCCUCGGAGCGCCCAGAGCGUGGGACACGGGGAGGGGUUGGGGACAGGCCUGGCCAGGGGCUCCCAGUCCAUGCCCCAGCUCACCCCCUGAACCUGGGCAGGAGCCAGGGCCGGCCGCCGAGUGUUGUGAAGAGACAGCCCCUUGAGCAGUCACGGGUUUGUUCCGGGCAGGAGAGUACAGACAGCGGGGGGGGGG